AUGGGAAGCGCUUGGAUGCUUUUGUUUUCUUUGUUUAGCAUUCAAAUCCUUGCAGCGAGUGUGGUUGCAAGGAAUAUAGUGAGUGUGCGGCAUGACGAGGAGGGAAAUAACUUAGCUUUUGGGAAGGGAGGGGGAUUUGGCGGUGAAGGUGGUGGUUUUGGAGGCUUCAUUGGUAGUGGUGUUGGGAGUGGUCUUGGUGGUGGCAUUGGUAAAAGUGGCGGGGUACACGGUGGUGGAGCUGGUGGUGGCUUUGGAAAAGGACGACGCAUUCUCAAGGGGGGUGGGGGUGGUGGUCGUGGUGUAGGAAGAGCUGGUGGUGGCGAUCGUGGUGGAGAAAGAGCUGGUGGUGGCAAGCAUGGUGGAUUCCAUGGUGGUGUACAUGGUGGAGCUGGUGGUGGCAAGCACGGUGGAGCUUGGGGUAGAGCUCACAGCGAUGCUGAUGGUGGAUUUGGAAAAGGUGCACUACAAAAGACAGUGUUAUUAAUGGCAUUUUACUGCACUUUUACCAUAUUCCUAUAA